CGAGAUCUUCUUCCACAGCGCGCACAGUAUCAGAACUGAACCAACAGCCAGCCAACAAGAUGCUUUCGCUAGUUCUUUCAGCUGAACUCAUAGGAGUCACCGAACUUCGCCCUCACGAUACCCCCGAGGAGCCUUAUUUCUAUUCCUUCAAAGUACAAUGCACUUCCUGUCGGGAGACGCACCCAAACUGGGUCAGCUUCAACCGCUUUGAACAACAUGAAAUCCCCGGCAGUCGUGGAGAGGCGAACUUCGUCUGGAAAUGCAAGCUUUGCCAGAAAACCCAUUCUGCCUCCAUUGUCGCGGGCCCAAAUGCUUACGAAGCAAAUGAUAAGCGCAAGAGCCUGAAAGUGAUUGACCUUGAUUGUCGCGGCCUUGAAUUCGUCGACUUCAAAGCUGAUGGCGAAUGGGAAGCCAAGGGCAUUGAAUCUUCCACUCCAUUUGCGGCUAUCGACCUGUCUGAGGGCGAGUGGUACGACUACGACGAAAAGGCGGGCGAUGAAGUUGCCAUCAAGGAGAUUACCUGGGAGAUGGGGAGAGCAUGAAGGCAUUUUAAAGAAAAUACUGCACCGAUGACUGCGGGCAUGGUUUAUAAUAGCAUUCUGACUUGUCUAAUUACCUUUUCUUUGCAAAUUGUUUUGUGAUUAUGGCCGGGACUAUUUCUCCUAGUGCUAUCUAUUCUGCAAGGCAGGUAUUAACAAUUAAACAAAAUGGAGAAAACCACAUAGCAAGGGCUACCGGCCCAAUCUAUUGCAAAUUACUACGAAGGAUCAGAGAAUUGGAGAAAAAAGAAAGGAGGUUAGCUU